AUGGGGGCGAAGCUUCAGGUCCAGCUGCUUCAGGCUCGAAACCUGGCAGCUAAGGACAGCAACGGUCUGAGCGAUCCGUACGUGCGUAUGCAGGUCGGGCGGAGCAAAGCGCGCAGCAGCACGGUGUAUAAGAACCUUAACCCGACGUGGAAUGAGGAGUUUCUAUUUAGAACGGAUAACCUUGAAACGGAUGUUCUUCUCGUGACUGUAUGGGACGAGGAUUACUUAGGAAAAGCGGAUUUUCUGGGUCAAAUGUCGGUGCCGGUAGCUGCGGUGGCGGCUGCGGAAGGGAAGAGCCUCCCGCCGACGUGGUAUCCGCUCAAGAAGAAGAGCGAGCGAUCUCGCUCCUUCGUCUCAGCAACCCUCACUGACCUUGCAUCACCCACUGACACAACAGUCGUACCUCAUUCUGUCGACUUGCACCCGAAAUCCGUUGCUGAAUCCCACGCCAUGCAACACUCCGCCUCCGCCCCUGCCCGCCCCUCCAAGCCCCACUUCUUCCACUCCUUCACCCUCUCAGGACCCUCCAAAUCCAAAUCCAAAUCCUCCAUGCGCGGCCACGUCAGCACCAUAUCCGAAUCUUCUGAUGAAUCCUCCUCUCCCUCAGCCCUCCUCCCUCACGCCGCCACCAUCAACACCCCCCUCCACACCACCACCCCUCCAAAGACCCAGCAAGCACCGAGGCAAACACCGAGAGCCUCAGAGCAGCAGCAGCAGCAGCAGGGUUUGCCGCACGCGCUGCCCAAGCAGCGCUCUGUGUCGUCCUUCCUGCCCCGCCGCCGCCCCUCCUCCACUGAAAGCGUCCCCGUGAGGGCCAGUAAGAGCACGGAGGGCGCUGCUGCAUCCCCCCUGCCGAAAUCCGGGAGUGUAACCGGGGGAGGGGCGGGCAGUGGGGGGUCGGGAGCGAGUUCAGGGGAUGAUGCAGGGGAAAAGGGGGACGGGGUGGGGGCGGUGGGGGGGUUAGGCGGAGGGGAGAGCCUAGUGCCGCUGUCAUGGUUUGAUGGGGAUGUUAAGGGGAUGGCUUCUAAGGGGGAUAUGCCCGCUGCGCUGGGGGGAGGAGUGGUGGUGGAGCAGUGGUAUGGCGUGCCGGCUCAUGAGCUGAAUGGGAUUCUCUUCAAGCCUGACUCUGAUUUCUAUGCUGAGUUCACUGCCGAGCGCAAGGUGUCUCAGCUCGAACCAGGGCCCUGGGUCGAAGGGGACGCUGCUGCAAUCCCCUCUCUAGCCGACUCCCUCCCGCCCACCAUCACAACCGCCAACGCGCCCGCCUCUCCUCCACUCAGCUCGCGGGUGGUCCGCUACAUGACGGCGCCCUCCUCCCUGGUCAAGUCUGUACUCGCUACAGAGCUGAUGCGCUACAGCAGGGCGGACGCGGGGGGGUACCUGGUGGAGGUGUAUGUGGCGACGCCUGACGUGCCGUAUGGCAACACGUUCCGCACUGAAAUGCAGUUCUGCAUCACACCGUCACCAGUUCUGCAUCACACCGGUGAGAUGGUUCCGAUGACACCUGCACCAGGUGAGAUGGUUAAAGUAGCAUCACGCCUGCUCCAGGCGCCACCUCUCUCUCGCCACACUCCCCUUGCCCUGUGGCAGCAGCUCCCAGUUGUGGUUAUCGUGCGAGCGAUGCAUGCUCUUUCUCAAAUCAUGCUCUCUCCCCACUCACCCCUUCCCCCUCUUUGUGUGCUCCCUCCCCGCUCCGCUUGUCCCCCCCUGCAUGGCAUGGCCGCAGACGGCAGCAGCUGCCAGCUGAGGGUGUCAUGGGCGCCGUGCUUCUUGCAGAGCACCAUGAUGAAGAGCAUGAUCGAGAACGGCAUGCGCUCAGGGCUCAAAGAUACCUACAUCGCUUACCAGGCGAUCCUGUCCAAAUACGCUGCACCUGCCACAACCCCUCUCGGCUCCUCCUCCUCCGCAUCUGCCCUCCUCCCCGAGCCUCCGCCGAAGCAACCCCUGAUGGCUCGGCUGUUCAACAUCCUGGGGCACUUCUCCAUGCUGCUCUUCUUCGUCUCCCUUAUAGUGCUCCCCACGCACUUCAUACAGCGCGCCAAGGGCCUGCCAGGCGUGCAGUUUUUGUUGCUGGACCUACCAGACGGGGUGAUGGAGCUGCUGUGCACGGCUGCCAUUGUGCUCAGUGCUGAACGCGCCCUGUUUCGGUUGAGGAAUAUCAUCACCUCACGACUUCUUAGAAACAGGGGUGCUGCUGUUUGCAAUAGUGACCCUCACCAUUCCUAUCCUAUCUCUCCUCCCCACCCACACCCGUCUUAUCUUCCAGGGGGCGACCAUGGGAAGAAGGCGGAGGGAGAGGGGUGGCUGCUGACAGUGACGCUGGUUCAAGGCGAGGGUGUGGGGGAGGCAGGGGGGCUGGGCGGCAAGAGUGACCCCUAUGUGGUGUUCACAUGCAAUGGCAAGACACGCACCAGCUCUGUGAAACUGCAGACCAACCGGCCGGUGUGGAAUGAGGUGCUGUCUUUCGACGCAUUCGAGGACCCACCCUCAACGCUAGACGUGGAGAUCUUUGACUACGAUGGGCCCUUCUCAGCGCCCACAGCCCUGGGGCAGGCAGAAGUGGACCUUGUCAGAUCCAGCGCCCAGGAGCUCGCAGACCUCUGGGUGCCGCUGCAGGGAGGGCCGCGAGCAGAUGCGCGCAGAGGGGGGAAGGCGCAGGGGCCGGGGCAGGGGCAGGGGGUGGAGGCGAGGCUGCAGCUGAGGGUGCUUCUAACGAGUACCAGUGAGGCGUCUCCCCCGAUGAUCCUCGAGCGCAUCAGCAAGCAAGUCGGCAAGGAGGGUCGCCUCUUCCUGUCACCCCGUUUACUGGCCUUCCAUGCAUCGCUGUUCCGAGUGCGCAUAAAGCUGGCAGUGCGAUGGGAGGACAUAGACGAGCUCAAGGAGAACGCGCCGUCCAUCCACUCCAUCAACCGCCUGCUCAACCCCUCCAUCACCAUCUACGUCAAGCCUGGCCGCGGGGGGCCCGACACGCGCAGCGCUGCAUAUGGGAUCGACCCCUCGGGCCGGCUCAAGAUUCGCUUCCAAUCCUUUGCUCGCCCCACCAUUGCCUUCCGGCUGAUAACAGCGCUGUGGCGCCACAGAGCGCUGCCCCCCGAGCAGCAGCUGGAGCGAGCCAAGGAGGCAGCCACCGCUGCCGCUGCUGCCGAGGCAAGCGGAGCAGACGCAGCAGCAGGGGCAGGGGCAGGGGCAGGGGCACCGGCAGGGACAGGGGCAGGCGCAGGGGGAGGCGAAGGGAUGGUGCGAAGCCCCUCCCAAGGCUUUGGGGUUGGGAUUGGAGGGGGUGGGGGUGUGGGCGGAGGAGCAGCAGGGGGGAAAGGAGGGGCAGCAGGAGCGGGUGGUGUUGCUGGCAGUGGUGGUGGGGCGGUGGGGAGUGACGUCGAGGGGGUGGAGGAGCAGGGGGGGGUGUGCACGGACGUGUAUGAGAUGAUCGACAGCAUCAGCACUGCCGUACCCAUGACGGUGGGUGGGAGAGUGUGUGUUUGGUAUGCAGACGGUGGGUGGGAGAGUGUAUGUGUGAGUAAGGUGGAUCAGUUCCUAGCAUUGACGGAGCAGCAGCAGCUGCAGCGCAAGGUGGCAGACGCCACGGGCCAGGCCCACCUGGAAGUCUCUGAUUGGGUGGCAGUGGACGGCGCGCCGCCCGGUGCCGCCCGGCGGCAGCGCAACAUCAAGUUCAAGUUCUCCCGCCAGAUGUCGCCGUUUGGGACCACCGUGUCAGGCGUGCAGCAGGCCACUAAGGAUGCGACACCUGGCAUGUGCACGUGGGCAACGCUAGAGGAGUCGAUCACUCUGCACCAAGUGCCUUUUGGAGAUUACUUCCAGGUGGAGACCAAGAGGGAGCUCAAGUCACAGCAACUCCUGAAUGAGAAGGAGGAUGUGAGUCCGGAGGAUAAGGCACAUAGACUUAACGAACAAGUGUCGGAGCUCAAGACAACGGUGGGCAUCACAUGGCAAAAGCAGGCAAAUGAGCGCACCCGUGUCAAGAUAAAGGCAAACGUUGGCCCGCGCCGUCCGCCGCAUUUGCCGGCGGGGAAGGCGGGAGGCGACUGGUUUGCGUCGCUCCGCGGUCGAACGCUCAUGUCCAUCGCUCUCGUCGCCGUCGUCGCCUCCACCAGGCGCACCUGGUUCCCGUCGGCGCAGCUGGCGGCGCUGCUGGUGGAGCGGGGCGGGUGCGAGUUCCCCAUCCAGCUGAACGCGCGAGGCGCGCUGGAAGGCCCGUGGGUGAACCACUCCUCGCACGACCCCCACGCUCUCCUCGACCUCGUCUCCCGCUCCUCCUCGUCCUCGUCCUCGUCCUCCUCGUGGGAUCGGCGGCACGCGUUUGCGUCGGACGCGGACGGGGGGGGACGGGGGGUGGGGGAGGCGGAGUUUUACUCGCCCGCGCGGUACCAGGCGAUGGGGAAGGUGGUGGCGGCGGAGGAGGGGGAGGACGACGGGAAGGCGCCGUGGGGGCACGUGGUGGAGGGGUUGUUAACAGCGGGCACGCUCAGCACGGGGAAUCGGCUGACUCUGGCGUUUGCAAGACUCGCUGAGAGGUUCCUGGCUUCGUGGGUGCGCAUCGAUGGCAUCAGCAAGGGGCUGGGAAAGGCGGGCAUGGUGAAGCAGAUCAUGUUCCCUGCCAUGGCCGUCAAUCCCAAGAUGCAGCCGUGUCUGGCACAUGUGCGCAUAGUGCUAGGUCGUGUGUACUUCCGUUACGGCUCCUUCCUGGAAGAUUCGCGCAAGCUCAAGCGCAUCAACCUGGCAGUCAAGAUGAUACUCCAUGCCAUCACUGCCUACGACCUCCGAUCACUGCGGGCGGAGCUAUUCAUAAACGCGUGUGACAAGCCUGUCAGUUUCGACAACUCGCUCUCCUCCGGCUGCUCAGGCUUCCCUGUCUUGAGCACGCAGUGGACCCCCGGCUCCACCGACAUCCUCUUCCCCGACCCUCUCGACCUCGACUACUCCCCUCCACGGCACACCGAGCACGUGCCCUGGGCCAAGAAGGAAGGCAAGGCGGUGUGGCGCGGCCGCGGGUUUGAGUUCCAGCUGAAGCCCUACAACUGGGCCUCCAGUUUCCGCCUGCGCCUGCACCGAACCUCCGACUCUCGCCCGGACCUGCUGGACGCGCGCAUCUCCAGCUUCGGCCCGAUAGACCUGGCCGAUCCUAAAGAGUUGCUCAAGAAGAAAGGCUUUGUGUUGGCAGAGGAGAUGGAGGAGGGGGUGAAGGAGAGCGCGUUCAAGUACGUGGUCGUGGUGGAUGAGAUGGUGGGCUCUCGUGACACGUGUCGCGCUCUGAGUGGCCAGCAGGCAAUCAUUCGGCACCAAUCAGGCUUCAUGCAGUACUUUGAGCCGCUCAUGCUGCCUGGAGUACACUACAUCCCCGUUACACACAGCUUCACGGACCUGGUGGCAGCAGUCGAGUGGAUGAGGCAGCAUGAUGAUGCCGUGCACACCAUGCUGCUCAACGCCAAUGAGCUCGCCUCCCACGUGUGCACAUGGCAAAGCCGCGUGCAUUACUGGGCCGUGCUCCUCGCCAAGUACGCCGCUAGAGCCAUGGAAACCCCGCAAGCCGUUGUCGCGCCUUCGGUUUGCCAGGGCGGCAAGGCUGUUCUUUCCGUGGAAUGGGCGGGUGGGAAUGUGACGAAGCCGAGUUGUAAGAUCGAAGGGGGAGCCAUGUCGGGGGGAUUCUUCCGAGGGACCAGCGCGGAUCAGGACAGCAGAUUUUCCAACAAGAACGCGAAGCUUCUUAAAACGCAGAAGUUCGCACCGGAGCUUGACGAACCGGUGGAUAUGAGCAAGGUGAAGAAGGAGGUGAUGCAGCCGUGGAUAGCCAAGAGGGUGACAGAGCUUCUGGGUGUGGAGGAUGAAGUGUUGAUCAAUUUCAUCUACAGUCUGCUAGAGGGCAAAAAGGUGGACGGCAAGCAGGUCCAGAUUCAGUUAACCGGAUUCAUGGAGCGCCACACGGCGCGCUUCAUGCGCGAGCUCUGGUGCCUGCUGCUCAGCGCGCAGGCCAACGUCAGCGGCAUCCCGCAGAAGUUUCUCGACGAAAAGGCGGAGGAGACAAGGAAGAAAAAGGAGGCGGAGCAGCGGAUUUUGUCUGAGAUCGGGCGCAAAAAGGGGAUGCAGCAGGGCUCGUUGCUGGGCCCUGGCUCUGCUGCUGCUUCCAUCCCGGAGGAGUCGUUUACGCGGUACCCUCCGCCUCCUGGCCGAUCGAUGCGGGGGCGAGAGGAAGGCGGACUGGGCAGAGGACGCGGCGAGAGAGGGCGGGAGGUGAGAGAUUGGGAGGAUAGGGGGAGGGACGCUAGAGGGCGGGAGGAGAGGAUACGGGGUGAGCGACGGGUGGAUGAACGAGGGAGCGGGAAAGACAGGGGCACGUCGUUCAAACGGGGGGUUCCCGGUAGGGAUAGGGGCGGCAGGGAGGAGUAUGGUGAUGAGUAUGGUGACGAGGAGGAGGAGGAACAGGAGGAGGAAUAUGAGGAAAAUGUACGGGGUGGCGUGCGCAAGGAUUCUACGAGAGGAGGGGUAGGACGACGAAAUGUGGAGGAGGAGGCGGAGUAUGAGGAAAAUGUACGGGGUGGCGUGCGCAAGGAUACUGGGAGAGGAGCGGCGGGACUGCGAGAUGAGGAGGAAGAGGAAGACGAUGAGGAGGAGGACGGGGGAUGGGAGGGAGGCAGGAAGGGUAAAACGGGUCGAUUGGUGGAUGAUCUCGGGAGAGAUGAAGGAGUGAUUGUGAGAGGGAGGUGCCACGGUGACGUGGGGCGAAGUGCCAAGCGUGGUGCAGGCAUGGGCUCUUUCGCAGGUCACAUAAUCCCCGGGACGCUUUUCCUGUUAGUGGGGCUGUGGCACCUGCGAUGCAGCAUCAGGAACUACCUCGCGGCGCCGCGAGCCUUCGUGUCGCGACUAUGGCAUCCCGCGCCGCUACCCGGCCACUGGGCGCGGCUCGAGCUGUACAUUAUAGUAGUGGGGUCGUUUCUAGAUAUGGCUUUAGUGGAGCUAGGAGUCGGGACCGGGUUCCAUCCGAUCGAGAAUGGCGGAGUCGCGCCCGGCCACCUUAAUAACUUCGAGCACGCAGCGAUGCUGCUAAUGUUCUUCCUGCUCGGCUGCGCCCUUCUCAUCAGCGAAACCACCAGCCUGCUCCCCCUCCCUCUGGGCGCGUUGCACAUCCUAGCAGCGCUCGCAUUCUUCUGCGAGGGCAUGCUCUUUACUCUCCAUUCCACGGCCCACCAUGGUCUCGAGCCGCGCUACCACAUGCUGCUCGCCAUCGCCAUCGCCGCCUGCGUCGUGUGUGCGCUGUUGGCAGCUGCGUGGCCGCACUCCUUCCUGCUCGACGCCGUUGGCAGCGGCGCGAUCGUCUUGCAGGGGCUCUUUUUCUGGCAGACCGCCAUGUCGCUGUAUGGCCCCAUGGUCCCAGCGGGCUGCUACUUAGGCCCUGACACCGUGCACUGUGACUCCGAUGCAAAUGAGCAUCGAGCCAUGGCCCUCGCCGUGCUGCAGUUCAUCGCUCUCCUCGCCUGCACCCUCGUGCUCUCGCUCAUGUAUUACGGCGCAGUUGCAAGCGCUGCUCCGCAGUCGUCUCUUGAUUUUAUCCAUGCAACGCAUGCUGUGGAGUGUGAGGAAGGGGAGAGGAAAGAUGGUGGUGGGAGGGGGAAUGGUGGCAAGGGAGAGGUUGUGUUGGGGAUGCUUAAUGCACAUGAGAAUGGAACGGUCGCGCUGAUUUUCGCUUCAUGGAACCUUUUCUGCGCCAUUCGCGCUUACCUUGCCGCGCCGCACGCGUACGUGGCGCGUGCGUGGCAUCCAGUACCGAUUCGCGGGCACUGGGUGCGGCUCGUGGUGUACGUACUUAUCUGUGGGGCGUUCGCGCAGCUCAUGGAAGGGCUCUCGCUGGGACUGCUGUCUGCGUUUCAGCAUAGAUUUGAAAUCGUUCAAUUCGAGCACGCCUUGCUCUUUGCUGUCUUCGUUACAAUAGGGCUCAUCUUCUAUGUACAUGACACAACCAGUCUCCUGCCUCUCCCACCAGGCUCCCUGCACAUCCUCUACGCCAUCGGCUUUUUCAGCGAGGCCAUUCUCACCACCUUCCACUCCAUCUCCCACCAGGGCCUCGAGCCCCGCUUCCACCUUUUCCAAGCACUCGCUGGCGUCAUCUGCUUCCUGCUCGCGCUCCUCGUCGCCGCCUUCCCCUCCUGCUUUCUCCUGGACGCAAUGUUCCUCUCGGGGUUCCUUUUCCAAGGCCUCUGGCUCUGGACCAUGUCUCUGUUCCUCUAUGGAGUGCUCCACUUACCGGGUUGUCACAAUGUGGAUUAUAAGAUGGUUAAGUGUGGCACGGAAGCGGAGGAGCAUGUGGGUGUUGCGCUCGCAGGUAUUCUGUUUAUUGCCGUGCUCGUCUUUACAAUGCUCCUCGCCCUUGCUCUCUAUGCCAGGGCUGCUCGGAACGCUCCCCGUUCAUCCAUAGACUACAUUCUUGCAUUAUCACCUGACCUCAAGGCGUCUCAUAAGGUAGCUGCUUCCGAUAACAUUGAGGUCGGGAUUGAUGUAAAUGGGGGAAAAGAUCUGCAGGGUGAAGGAGCAGCAGUAGCAGCAACAGUGGUUCCUAAGGCGCCCCUCACUCAUGCUGUUGUGAACGUGGAGAGUGAAAGUGCAGCAUUGCUAGGUGGCAAAGCUGAGAUGUGA